GGUCUCGAAGCUGAGUAAGCAGAGAGAGAGAGGAGAGAGAAUGGAGGGCGUGGUAGGAGUCGCUGCCGCGAGGAUUGGAGCCGCUGGUCGCUGCGUCUCGUCGCCUUCCCCAGCUGCCGCGAGCGGGAGAGGUGGAGUUGUCUGCAGGCCUCGAGCCGUCUUAUCCUGCGCACCGUCCUCCCCUAACCUGCGCACCGCCGACCGCCGCCAUGUCCACCUGUCGUCGUUCCCGUCGACCUCGCACCUGUUCUGCCCCGCCCCUCAUGCCGCCGCUCGCCGUCGCACCGGACCUCGCAUUUUCCUCCCUCAUUUGGUCGCUUCCUCGGAGCAAGUGGAAGAGACUUACAUUAUGGUAAAGCCAGACGGCGUUCAGCGUGGCCUGGUUGGGGAAAUAAUUUCGAGAUUUGAGAGGAAGGGGUUCAAAUUGUCUGGCUUGAAGCUCUUCCGGUGCCCUAGAGAAUUGGCUGAGGAACACUAUAAGGAUCUUCAGUCCAAGCCAUUCUUCCCUAAAUUGAUCGAGUAUAUCACAUCUGGACCAGUUGUUUGUAUGGCUUGGGAGGGUGUUGGUGUUGUUGCCUCAGCACGAAAGUUGAUAGGGUCAACAAAUCCUCUUCAAGCUGAGCCUGGAACGAUAAGAGGAGAUCUUGCAGUGCAAACUGGAAGGAAUGUGGUUCAUGGCAGCGACAGCCCUGAGAAUGGCCAACGUGAAAUUGCUCUUUGGUUCAAAGAAGGCGAAUUGUGCCAAUGGACACCCGCUCAAGCUCCAUGGCUAAGGGAGUGAUGAAAUAUUCAUGCAAUUCUAGAAGCUUUUUUGUUGACCACCUGUAAUAUCUAUCUAGAUUGCAUUCUUUGUCUAAGUUAAGAGCGCUUAAAUAUCCGGAUUUCUUUGUAAUCUGGGAGAGAAACUCCAAAAACUUUUGUGCGGCGGCUAAUGUAUCGGUCUUUGUUUUAGACUUGGGGUCCCUCUCAAGCUCUUAUAAUGUGGAAAAGCUGAUUAAAUUGUAUAAUGUUGACUUCAA